UCGCACCUGCAUUCGAGCGCAGGCGCCGUCCACGCGCUCUUCGCGACCAUACCUCGCGCUAACUGGCGCCCUCACUUCUCGUAAUUUCACACUAUUCAAAUAACUUAAUCGAUUCGCGGUAGUGUAAGUGCUCUUGGACUGGACGACUUAAGGAACACCAAACGCUACAACAAUUUUCAAUUGAUCAGAUAACCAGCUUUACGCAACCUUGGGUGUGCGGGUCUGAUUCACACAUAAAAAUAACCAACAAUGUCGCUAAUACUACAGUAUUUAGAUGAUAUGCACGUUUUUAUGGACAAAAAUGGAGAUCCUCGAACAAAUCCAUGGUUCCUGAUGAGUUCCCCCUUUCCUACACUAAUAAUAUGUCUAAGUUAUGUAUAUCUAGUCAAGGUUUUAGGACCCAAGUUUAUGGCCAAUAGGAAACCCUAUGAAUUAAAAAAUAUUUUAAUAUUUUACAAUUUCUGCCAAGUCAUAUUCAGCGCUUGGCUGUUCUAUGAGAUCGGGUCAGGUGGCUGGUUCACAGGCAGGUAUAGCUAUCGAUGUCAGCCUGUCGACCACUCCAAAAAUCCACAAACUAUGAGGAUGGUUCAUGCGUGUUGGUGGUACUACUUUUCAAAGUUCACUGAAUUCUUUGAUACUAUCUUCUUUGUCCUGCGAAAGAAGUUUGACCAUGUGUCUACUCUCCAUGUAAUCCACCAUGGCGUGAUGCCGAUGUCUGUGUGGUUUGGAGUCAAGUUCAGUCCUGGUGGUCACUCAACAUUCUUCGGACUGCUCAAUACUUUCGUACACAUCGUUAUGUACUCGUAUUAUAUGUUGGCAGCUAUGGGACCACAAAUGAGGAAAUACUUGUGGUGGAAGAAAUAUCUCACCACUUUCCAAAUGGUUCAAUUCAUCUGUGUUAUCGUCCAUGCGUUCCAGCUACUAUUUAUUGAAUGUGACUACCCACGUGGAUUCGUUUGGUGGAUCGGAAUGCAUGGUGUUAUGUUCUUUUUCUUAUUCAAAGACUUCUACAACCAAUCAUAUAACAAGCCAAGGGUGCGUGCAAAGUCACCGCCACCGUCCACGACAAAUAUUGAAAAAGAAGUGAUGUACAAGAAUGGGUUGGUGAAGAAUGGGUUCUCAUCAAGCAACGGGCAUACGAACGGCGGGGGCCCGAUCGCGCGGGCGCGGCCCGUGCUGCCGGCCGGCAACUGACGUCGGACCAGGACGAGGCGCCCACCUUAGCAUUCCGUACUACUCUGUGAUUUGUAGCCUCAACUUUCACAGGACAUUACCUGUUUGUUUUGUGGACAUAUACGGGGUGACGGUAUAUAACUCGCGCGCGAGCCCACCAACGCCGGACUCGUGUCUCCGCCGCGUCUUUUCAGUAAAUAACCCUAGAAUUAUUAGUGUUAAAUGUGAUUUAUCUAGUGUACAUAUAAGUAGGCGGUAUAAACGGUGUAAAUUUUGUUUUAAAUAUAUAGUUAGGUUUGUGAUUGAUCGCAUAGCGUUUUGUACUUUUUUUAGGUUCUAGUGAAGUCGCUUUUAAGAUCUGAAGAAAUUGACAGAAUACAGUCAUAAUAAUAGCUCCUGUAUAUUUUAAUAUUGGUGCUUUUUAAAGUUCCAAGUUAUUUUAAAUGAACACAAGUACCUUGCCGCAGUUUUGAGUGAUUUAUGUAAUAUGAUGUUAUUUUCAUUAUAAUUAUUUUUUCAGAACAAAAUGCUAUGAUUAUAUUAUUUAUAUAAUAGCAAAAUUUAUACAAUGAAACAAACUAGUAGAAAUGUAUGGAUCAUAAUGUGUUAUUUUUGUAGCACAUGUUUCUUUACAACAGUAAUUAUGUUGUAUAGUUGAAUUAACAUAUAAUGAAUAUCACAUUGUUCACGUGUUUUUUUAAGUACAAUAACUAUGUUUUACUGUACAUAGAUUGUUCAAUGUGUUUUAGAUAUUAUGACACUGAUGUGGUUGUGUUGAUUAUUAUUUAUUUUGUUUAAUUUAUAUUUUAUUUAAUACCAAAAUUAUCUAUAUAUAAGAUAAAUUAACGGGUUUAUAAUAGCAUUAGCCAUCGAAGUUCUUCCUUUAUUUAGUCUUCCGUUUGUUUCCGUACUUACCGAAAAAUGUGCUUCAAUAAUUUACACCAAACGUAAACUGAAGCUGCCCAUAUUGAAUUUUAUUUCAUGAGUAUUGAAAUCAGUUUAUGUAAUUACUGUAAUUUUUAUACAAAAUAUGGAAAUAAAUGAUAAGUAU